CGCAAAUUACGGAUUUCGUAUCGAUUUUCACUGCCGUAAAUAUUAAAACUUGACCUGUUAUAGCAUUCCAAGUUCAUUUCCUACCCUCGUCUCGAUGUCAACACAAUCGAAAACAAAAGCCAUGCCUCUAUUAGACUUGAAAAUGUACGUGCGAGUUGUGGCGGCAGUGUUCUCUAUUUCGUCUUCGACCGCGUUUGUGAUGGCUCUGCUUCGUUUGUUGAAGCCUGAAUUAUUCUAUUUGGAGCCAUUAUUCGGUAGCGAUUUGGGAGUUCACUACUUCAUUUCCGGCCUAAUGGUAGUGACCAGUGCCAUAGGCUUCCUAAACAGCUGUAUCGUCAUGAACCGUAGCACAGCUCUGAACACCGGUCGGAAUAUUACGACUUGGUUGCUGUUGGAUUCACUGUUUGAGACAAGUCGGGUGGUUUAUGUGUUUGUGUCCGAGGUGGUCCUUAAAGGGAAGGGGCCUAUACAGCUGUAUGAUUUACUGAUCAGCGCUGCACAAUAUUUGCUGGACAGCUUCCUCUACUGCCAAAUGAUACUCCGACACUAGUACAUGUGGAUAAUUCCUAGUUUUAGCUCCAAUAUAUAACACUAUAUAGAUCCAAGAUUUAUAGCAUUUAGUGAAAAUCUUCCAAAGAAUAUUCUAGGCUAAAUAUAGUUGAUUAUUUUCUCAUAAUUAUGAUCUUGAUAACUUGAUAGUUGAUAGUGAAAAAUAUGUAUUUUUCUAGAAGGGAGACACAAUGAUAUUUGA